AUGCUUCUCCAUAUGGAAGGACUGGUGAACAUUAACCAUCAAGAAAUUCCGGCAGCAACUGCUCCACCACCACCAGCUGCCGCCGCCACACCACCUCCAGUUACCACUACGCCGCCACCACCUGCAGUGACAGUCAACAAUGAAAACGAUGGGUUUGACUUUUUGAUCCCCGUGGUGUUGUUCCUGCUCCUGCCCUUGCGUUUGCCCUGCAAGGAUCAGUUCAUCCUCCAGCAAAUACUAAUCCUUAUCUCACCUUCGAUACCUCAUCGACAAGUCGGGCAUUUGAUGAUCCGUUUGGUGAUGGUCCUUUCAAAGCUGUUCCUUCUACUGAUGGAUUUUCGGCUUAACCACCAACAUCACCCUUCACUACAACUGUUGCUGAACCACCAUCAUUUUCAGUUGACCCAAUGUCAGGGUCAGGGGGAUUUGGGGAUACUUUUGAUUUUGAUUCAACUGUUGACAUUUUUAGCUGAUAUAUUGCCUCCACCUGGACCCUCGCAAACUGCUUUUCCUUCUCAAAAUGGUCAAGCAUCUAGUCUUUCAGCAGAAGCAGCCUAUGCCACAGUUAGCUUUUCCACCUCAAGGUGUCCAGCAGCAGCAACCUAUGCCACAGUUAGCUUUUCAACUUCUAGGUGGACACCAAUCUAUGCCACAAUCAGCUUCUCAACUUCCAGGUGUCCAGCAGCAGCAGUAGUUGCCACAGUCAGCUUUUCAACUUCCAUGUGGCCACCAGUCAGCUUUUCAAAGUCUAAGUGUUCAGCAGUCUAUGCCACAGUUAGCAGCUUUACAAUUCCAAGGAGGCCAACAGUGUAUGCCAUAGUCAGCAGCUUUUCAACUUCCAUAUAUGCAUUAGGUCACAUUUUGUGCAAUGUAUACGUCUUGAUUCAUCAGAAAAGUAAUCACUAG